UCGCUGCUGAUAAAGUUUCGUGCUGGGUCCCUGCGCCGUUGCCGGCCUGUGUUGAGGAAGCGCUCUGUGUUACCAGGGUUACAGCAAUGGCGGCGGGCGGUGAGCAACGUGCGGCCUCCGAAGUGUCCCAGGCCCUGGCCCGGCACCUGAACUGUCUCAGCGAUGAUAACAAGAGCACUAGGAAGAGGGCGCUGGUCGCCAUCCAGCAGGAAGCCGAGGAUAAGAGGCUUUCCAGCGGGGUCCUGCAGGAGGUGUUCAGGGAGCUGCUGAAACCGCUGCUCAGGUGCCUGGCAGACCCCAUGGAGAGGUGCAGGGAGCUGGCUGUCCAAAUCCUUACUUACUGUGUGACCAACGUGCCCAGGCCUGAGGAGGCACUGUCAUACCUGGUGCCAGCGAUUACACAGCGCCUGGGUAACCCUGAGAUUGUGGAGCCCUCGGAGGAGCUCCGGCUAGCCCUGACCGAGCUUCUGAGCCUCCUCGUAGAGGUUUGCGGCAAGAAGCUGGGGCCCUACUUGGACGAGAUGGUCAGGAUAUUGCAGAGGACGAUCAUAGACCCCUUCCCUGAUGUCAAGAGAGAAAGCAGCAAGUGUGCUGUGAACUAUGCCAGGAGCAUCCCAGAACAUUUUCACUUGCAGGCAGAAUCUCUAAUUAAACCACUUAUGCAAACCAUUUCACAUCAGCAUUCGAAAGUCCGUGUAGCAGUUAUUCAGGCAACAGGUGCUGUUAUACAGUAUGGCAACGGGAAGUCUGUGGAUGAUGUACUGUCUCACCUGGCACAAAGACUUUUUGAUGACUCUCCUCCGGUUCGACUGGCAGUCACUGUUGUUGUUGGUAAUUGGCUUUUGGAGCUCAGAGAUAGAUAUUCAUACUUCCAUAAACUGAUACCUCUUCUGCUAAGCAGCACUACGGAUGAGAUCCCUGAUAUUAGACAAACGGCCUUGGAAUAUUGGCAGAAAAUUGGUUUACAAUGGGAGAGAGAGAACGAAGAUGAUCUGAAAGACCAAAUGGACUUCGGUGUCCCUUGUCCUCCAUUGUAUCCAUCUGGAGUUCAGCGACCUGGACUGGGAUGUCGUGAGCUGAUUUUUAGGAACCUGUCUAAGAUCCUCCCAGCUAUCAGUCACGACAUAACUGACUGGGUUGCAGCCACACGCAUUAAAGCCGCACAGCUCCUUUUAGUCUUGUUGCUGCACGCAGAGGAUCAUACCACGCAGCACAUGGAGCUUUUACUCAGUACACUUUACCGAUCAUGUCUGGAUGAAGAGGAGAAAGUAGUGCAAAAUAGUGUAAAGUCGGCAGAGUUAAUCGGUACAUUUGUGAGCCCUGAGGUGUUCCUCAAGCUGGUUUUGCCGGCACUUCGCAAGUCUCCGCUGGCCUCUCACCUGAUGGUCUUGUCGGCAUAUAUCAGAGGAAGCUCAAAGGAAGUGCUGCAGCCCCACCUGCAUCGUAUUGCUGAUGUCCUUUGCCAGACUGAGAUCUGUCAGGGGUCCGAAAAGGUGUUGUACCUGGAUCAGUUUCUCUGCUGCAUACAGUCCUUGAUUAACAUAUGCCAGCAGUACUGUACAGACAUCAGCCUGCAUUGUAUGAAGGUCCUGAUAACAAUACUUGCCAGCCCAGCCUCUGAAACCCUCUAUGAAAAGGUUCAAGGCGUCAUGCAGUCACUGGCAGAUGUACAAGGUGUGGGCACCCCUCAAGGUCUGUACAGGCAUCACAUGCAGCAGCUGAUGCAGUGGGCAUCUGCAGGUCAUGAUCAAUGGACCAGCUAUUCCAUGGAGCGAGCACAGUUUGAGGUCCUCAUCUCCGAGUCUGGCCCUGUCGUUGGAGAGCAUCUUGAUCUCUUAUUUCCGGUUUUAAAGACCUGUCUUCAGCCAACCAAAGAGCCAGAGAUGCGCUUGAAACUCUUCACCAUGCUGUCCAAACUUCUGCUAAAAGCCAACGAAACCGUCAACUCUAAAGGGCAGUUCCAUAGUUACUCAGAAACAAUCAUCAAGGACAUACUGGUCCCUAACCUGAAGUGGCAGGCUGGGAGGACGGCAGGAGCCAUUCGCACCAUUGCUGUUUCCUGCCUCUGGGUACUCUUCCAGAGUGAUGUUCUAUCCCCUCAAGAGAUUCUCCAGGUGGUGGACGUACUGAUGCCCCAAGUGCUGGUUACUCUGGAAGAGGAUUCAAAGAUGAGCCGGCUGAUGUCAUGUCGCAUUGUCAGGGCUCUCCUGGCAGUCAGUGAGCAUCACUUGGAUCCAGACAAGCUGAACAAGAUUUACCCUGAGCUUAUCAAGCGCCUCGAUGAUGCUUCUGAUGAAGUUCGGAUCACUGCUGCUAAAACGCUGAAUCUGUGGUUUAAAUGCAUUGAUGACCGAUAUGAGAGGACCACCUAUAAGGGCCAUCUGGAAUUCUUAUACCGGGGCCUCCUUGUACAUCUUGAUGAUCCCGAUACUAGUAUCCAGACCACAGUACUAGACGCUCUGAAAGAUGCCGGAGUUGUAUACCCGUCGCUGCUGGUACAAGAAAUUGAAGCUGUGAAACAUAAACACAGAACUCCAGCAUAUUGCGAUCAACUCCUGCAGCACAUGCAGCUCUGCAUAAACAGCCAAUCAGGAUCCACGUAGCGCCAUUCUCUAGAAGAGUAAUAUAUUUUCCAUAUCCCAUGUGUCACAGUAUGCCAUUUUAUAUAUGUAAUGUAUGUAUUUUACAUGUCCACAAAAUACUUUGAUGGGAAAAGUCAGGCAGUCCAGUGUGUACAUCCACAAUGUGGAAUCUACCCAUGGGUUGUUCAAUAAAGCUUUUCCAUUGUUAGCCAGGAAAUUAUAGGAAUCCACAUUCUUUUUAACUUUAUUUUUUAAAAUAAAUACAUUUUUAAAAUG